UACUUUAGAGUUUACUUCCUAGGUACAUAACCUUGUGUAUCUCCCCACUCUUACACCUAAGUAUUGUACCUGAGGCAAUGUUGUGCAUUUUCCGGUGUUGAGUUUAACUAUUUACGUGAGAACCCGCCGUUAGCCGAAGUUACUACCGAGUAUUCCCGCCGCUCUAGGAAUGCCGAGGGCCGCCGAACGGGGCGUCAUUCCACUAAUUUUUGUUUGGACUCGUUUGUUUUCGAUCUCGGCCCCGCAACCGCCUCCAUCAUCACCAUGGUCCAUGGAUAGGUAGCUUCAGAUAGAGAAACCCCAAUUGCGCUCACCUCAAUUCUUCCCAAUUGAGAGUGCAGUCAUGUUUCGUCCGGUAAUAUCGCGUGUUUCGAGGCCAUUGGCCAUGCCUACAAGGCAAUACCAGGCCUUUAAUAGAAGCUAUGCUUCCGCACCGAAGUCUUCGUUUAAUUGGGAAGACCCAUUAGCAAGCAAGAAUUUACUCACUGAGGAGGAAUUGGCUAUUUCGGAGACUGCAGAGCGAUAUUGUCAAGAGCGAUUACUGCCGCGGGUUUUACAGGCGUAUCGUGAUGAGCACUAUGAUCCGGCUAUCUUGCUUGAAAUGGGCGAGCUUGGCCUACUCGGUGCGAAUCUUCAUGGCUAUGGUUGCGCUGGCGCAUCGACCGUAGCAUCGGGCUUGAUUACUCGGGCCGUCGAACGAGUCGAUAGCGGGUACCGAUCUGGCAUGUCGGUGCAAUCCUCGUUGGUUAUGGGUGGGAUUUAUGAAUUUGGGACUAAGGAGCAGAAAGAGAAAUAUCUGCCCGAUAUGGCGAAGGGUAAAAUUCUUGGAGCGUUUGGACUUACAGAACCCAACCACGGUAGCGACCCGGGAUCAAUGGAAUCGAUAGCGCGACCGCAUCCAACGAAAAAGGGGUAUUUACUUUUAAGUGGCUCCAAAACUUGGAUCACCAACUCGCCGAUUUCCGAUGUGCUUCUAGUGUGGGCAAAGUUACAGGAGACAGGCAAGAUCAAGGGAUUCCUUAUAGAUAAAAAGGAUUGCCCUCCCGGCACCCUGGAGACGCCAGCUAUCAAGAAUAAGACUGGACUUAGGGCUAGUAUUACGGGCAUGAUUCAUAUGGACAAUUGCCCGGUACCGGAAGAAAACAUGUUCCCUGAUGUCGAAGGUUUAACUGGCCCCUUUACAUGCUUAAAUAGCGCUCGGUAUGGUAUUUCCUUUGGUACCAUGGGCGCCUUGGAAGACUGCAUUGCCCGGGCGCGGGAAUAUGCUCUGGAGCGGAAGCAGUUCAAGAGUAACCCUAUUGCCAAAUAUCAGUUGGUGCAGAAGAAGCUGGCAGACGCUGCGACAGACGCUGCGUAUGGCGUGCUCGCCUCGAUACAGGUCGGUAGGCUUAAGGAUGAAGGGAAGGCUACACCGGAGAUGAUUAGCAUGGUAAAAAGACAAAAUUGUGAUCGUGCGCUUGUGAACGCGAGAGCGUUGCAAGAAAUAUUCGGGGGUAAUGCGGUUAGCGACGAGUACGGAAUCGGAAGGCAUGUAGCCAACCUAUUUGUGACCCAGACCUACGAAGGGCAGAGCGAUAUCCACAGUCUCAUUCUCGGAAGAGCCAUUACUGGGCUCCAGGCUUUUGUAUAAAAGCGUAGCUAUUGGGCACCUGCCUAUUUAGCAAGUUAUCUUAGGAAGCUAGAUAACUUCCAUAGCAAGUAUUCGAGCGUUUCUGAUAUAAAGCAGUUACAAAUAUUGACUACCGGCCUCAUAAGAAGAUCUUAGAUACCUGGGCGUUUUCGAUUUCUUGUAAUAGA